AUGGCCAGCGAAGAAUACACUAUAAUCGUCGACGGAGAGAAAUUUGUACUGACACGGGACCAACUGCUGUCGGAUCCCAGGAAUUAUUUUGCCACUUAUUUUCUAGGCGAUUUCGGAGAGGCACGAGCUGGUAGACGGGAACUGGUACUCAGCAAGGAACCUCUAAUCUUCAAACUCAUUCACACCCAUCUACGAGGAUAUGAUGUCUUCCCGAUUCCAGACUCGCUCGUUCCCUCUUAUAUGACAAAAGAAGGUGUGGUGAAGAAUCUGUUACGGGAUGCGCGAUUCUUUGGGCUAGAGCUUCUGGAGCAAAGUGUUCUCCAGGAGAUGGAAAGUCUUGAUUAUCGAAAUACCACAAACAAACGCAAAAUAUACAUGCUUGCAGAGGGACGAGGUGAUACUCACGUCAACUGGCACAUACAGGAGGUAUCUGAACCGGGCUUUCAACUCUUGCUUCAACGCUUCAAGGAUGAAGGAUUCUACGCUCAGAUCCGUACCACCCCUGGUUUGGAUAUUCCGGCGGGGUUUUCCCUGAGGAUGAGCUGGAAGAGCUUGCUUUCAGAUCCGGGUAACUACUUCGCCACCUACUUCCUCGGUGACUUUGAAGAGGCAAAGUCUGGCGCAAAGGAGCUCAUUCUACACAAGGAACCGUUGAUUAUCCGGCUGAUACAAGCACAUUUACGUGGAUACGAUGUCAUUCCGAUACCGGAUUCCAUCGUACCAUCGUACAUGACAAAAGACGGCGCUACACAAAACCUACUGAAGGAUGCACAAUAUUUUGGCCUGACGAUGCUUGAAGAUAAGAUCAUUGCACAUCUAGAAUCUCAGGAGGUGGAUCCUUUGCCGAAAGCGACGAGAUCCUACAAGCUGGCGACGUAUAGAAGUGGAUGGGUGAUUGUCGACAUCACAGAGAAAGGGUUCGAGACGCUCCUCGAGCGCUUCUCUACACACAAGUUCCAGGUCAUCGCUCCCGGGAGGUUGGAUUGCCCUCCCGGAUUCAAAAUCGUAACUUGUUGGAGGGACUAUACGGCAAAUGCUGUUGAACGGCUCACUUUUCCGGAAGAGAGUCACUGUGUGCUUCUUGAAUCCGUGGAAGAGAUGAGCGCGUCGUAG